AGUUUACGUCACGAGGUGAUUAGGCAAACAAUGUUGAUCAAUGUCUUCACGCCAUGUGAUCACUGAUAAGCUCAUACAAAGCUGUGCUGAUGAAAUAUUAACCCUGUGCUUCACUAAAACAUUGCGAUGCAUCUCACGAGUUCACACUAGACACAGGAGUGCGGACCAUGUGAUGACUUUAGAGAGCGCAGGGAAUCAUGGCUGGUCAGAGAGUCUGGAUAAAAAUGAGCGUCAGACUUGUUCUCUACAACUUUAUCAGUUCUGUGAUAAUUGUACCGAUCAUCACACUGGGAACUCAUGCCAAUAAUACCCAGACCGACAAUCCCAGGAUGCUUAAUAUAAGUGCACAAGCCAAAUCUGCACAGGAACACCUGGAGGAAGCUCUUGAAGAACAGGGCUACUACUUGCAACGGCUGUUUCUUCAGUAUGGUGAUAAGGGGACUUUGACCUACGAGGGCCUGCAGAAGUUACUGGGCAGUUUGGGUCUUGGGGAGGUCAGCGUUCUGGAGAUCCAUCAUGGUGGAGUGCCACAUUCCUCACACGCUUCGUCCCAUUCCCACUCACAUGAAGACCACCAUCAACCUCAGCAGUCCACAAAAUUACCCCCACUCAGAGAAAGUCCGAAAGCUCAAGUCAAAUCGGCCAUCGGUGGAUCUCCUGCAGAACUGGGUCACUCAAAGUCUGACUAUUUUUUACAUCCCGGACUUGAAGAAAGUAUCGCGAUGCAGUCAAACCACCCGACAGAGAAACACCUUCAUGGCAAUUGUCUGAACGUCACGCAGCUCCUGUGGAACUUCGGGUUGGGUCAAUCUGCCCAUAUAACUCCCGCUCACUUCACCUUCCUCUGCCCUGCUCUCCUCUAUCAGAUUGACAGCGGGGUGUGUUUGCGACACACAGAGGAGAACGGACAGGCCAAUAGAGCUAGUGAGGGUUUCCUCAGAGCUCUAGGUUGGGCUUCCCUGGCACUCCUCGUGAUCAGUCUGCCCUCCUUGUUGACCUUGGGACUGGCACCUCUGCUUCAUCCCUCCAGCCUGCAGAUGUUCCUCUGCCCGAUGGCUGGCAUGGCAGUGGGCACGCUCUGUGGAGAUGCCCUUCUGCACCUUCUGCCCCAUGCCAUAUUUAGUCAACACGGUGAACACCAGGAUGCUGUUUUGAAGGGUCUGAGUGUGCUUGGGGGACUUUUUCUUCUCUUUGUGUUUGAGAGUCUUCUGAAACUAAAGCAACAUUUAAAGAAAAGGAAGCCUGAGGCAGAAUCUGGAAGAGAACUGGAUGCACUGCAAGGUACCACAUCACCCAAUCAGAAUGAGAGUAUAGAGACUGGGCACGGGCAUUCUCACGGGCAGCCUGGGUCAGGGCAGACGGGUCUCCGAAGCAUGGCAUGGAUGGUGGUAGUGGGAGAUGGAAUACAUAACCUUACUGACGGACUAGCUAUUGGCGUUGCAUUUUCUCAGAGCCUGACGGGUGGACUCAGCACCACUAUCGCUGUUUUUUGCCAUGAGCUACCUCAUGAGCUAGGUGAUUUGGCAGUGUUGCUUGCUGCCGGCUGGCCUGUACGCAGACUGGCUGUGUUUAGCAUCGUCUCUGCUCUGCUGGGCUUUGUUGGUGUGUUAAUAGGAACAGCGCUGGGGAACCAGUGGGCAGCACACUCUCCAUGGAUUCUCACCAUCACGGCUGGGGUCUUCCUUUAUGUUGCUCUUGCUGACAUGAUGCCUGAAAUGCUCAAUGGAGAUGCUGGAUCUCUGAGCCCUCUGAAGCGCCUCCUCCUGCAGAGCCUGGGUCUGCUGAUAGGGGGCGCCAUCAUGCUCUGCAUUGCCUUAUUUGAGGACCACAUUGCAGUUAGUCUGGGAGACGGCUGAGGAUUUUAUAACUGACCAAAUGGAAUAGCCUUCUAAUGAUAUCGCGCCAAUGUGAGAGUUUCUUCUGAACACUGCACUUGUGUACAUACCCCCAUCCCGAACUGACACUCUGAAGGAAUACUCUGAAAGAGCUUUGAAUGGAUGACGGGACUAAUAUAUGAACUUUGGUCAAUUUGUUUUUAACCUCCUGUUAGAGAAUGUUUAUCUGCAAGCUAAGCUUCUUAACCAUUUCUGCAAAUAUUUUCAUAUUUGUACUUUGUGCAUGAAAGUGUAAGAGACGUUUUUUAUUUUAUAGGACAAUGUAAGAAAACAUGUCGUAUCCUCUUGUGUUAAAAUGUAAAAAGUUGGAUUUUUGCACAUUCACAUAUUUUUGAAGUUAUGUAACUGAAGCAUUAACACAUUUAUGAUCAGAUUUGACCUGUUUAUAAUCUGUUCAACAGACCGGCA